AUGGUAAGUGAUAAGGAAGAUCAAUGUAACAAAAUUAAUAACAAUGAUAAUGUUACUAGUCUCGAAAGCAUUAAUGAAGAAAAAAAAAAUAAUACAAAUGAGGGGGGAGAAAGCUUCUUUGACAAUAAUGCUGAGCAAUAUUUAAUUAUAUCAUUAAGACAAAAACUGAAUCCAGUUAUAAAAAAAAUAAAAAGAGUUCGUUAUAAAUUUAAUAAUAUUAUACCAGAUUUUUUAGUAGGGAAAAAUAAUGCAUGUCUUUUUAUAUCCAUGAAAUAUCAUCGUUUACGCUCAAAUUAUUUAAAAGCUAGAAUAGAAACUUUAUCAAAUAAAUAUAAUAACAGAAUAUUAUUAUGUCUAGUGGAUAUGGAAAAUAUUGAAAAUUCUUUAGGAGAAAUAAAUCAAUUAUCGUUUUCUUUUAAUAUGACACUUAUAUUAUGUUGGUCUAAUGAAGAAUGUGCCAGAGUAAUUGAAGAUUUUCGUAUAUAUGAAAAAAAAAUUUCAUAUAUUAUAAAAAAAAAAAUAUCCUCUUCUAAUCAAGAAGAAAAAAUACAUGAACUAUUAAAAAAAAUCAGAUGUAUACAUACAACAGAUUGUAUAACACUUACAACCAAAUUUAAAAAUUUUAAAAAUAUUAUUCAAGCUAAAAAAGAAGAUCUAAUAAGUUGCUCAGGCUUGGGUAUUAAAAAAAUACAGGCAUUAAUGGCUACAUUUAACGACCCGUUUUUUUAA